UCUACUUUCGCUUUCUUUUCAGAAUUUCACUAAAGUUUAUCAGUUAAUUGCAGCUAAUUACUCAGAUGUCAUGAAGUAACAAAUAUGAUAGUUUAUUAACUCAUCUAAACACCUCUUAUUUAUCAUGUAUUUUUUUCCCAAAUAUUUGCAAAUAUAGAAGAAAAAAAAGUUAAAUUUUCCGUGGAGUUGUUUUCAAAAAAUGACAAUGCCCAAAAUUUAACUGUACAAGAUAGAACAUGAAAUACAAAUGUGAUAAAUUGUAAGUGAAAAGAAAAGUGAAACAAAUGACUUGAUGGUUAAGAGAGAUGACACACUAACUUUUAGCUGAAAGUAAUGGAGAGGACCAGGUGUCAUCCGUAUUCUAGGGGGCGAGAAAAUCAAAAUGAAAGAGACAAAAUGCAGGAUGCUGCUGUAUCAGGGUCAACAAUUUGGAACUGUGUCAACAGUGUCCAGAUGCUGUUUUCAACAAUGAAGGAAUCCAUGCUUGACAUACUCACACCUUCCUGGUUGUCAGACUUUCUGACUCGCCUCCAUAUAUCCUCCAAUAUAGAGACUCAACCAGAAACCUGUUGUCCUGAGAGUGGAAUGCAAGCUGUAGUUAAUCAAACAGAAGACCAGCUGAGAAGAAGUGAAAUAUUACUUAUUCAAGAUGAAAAGUCAGAGUCACCUGAUGAUAUUAAUACAAUAAGUGAUGAUAAAGGUCAGGGUCAAGGUCAUUUGAGGUCACUGCUGCAUCAUAAGGAGGUCAAGGCAAAUCACUCCUGUACAGAACAACAAUAUAGGACCUGCGAUUUUAAUCCAGAGGCCAGUAGCAGAGUGUGUGUUACUAGGCAACAUCAGAUGUGUGGUAAAAUGUCUAGUGAGUUAAAAAGAAAGAUUGAAAUUGAUAAAGAAAAUAAUAUGUUAUUGAAGAGGCAGAAAACAACAGGAGGCAGAAAUGAUAUUGUGGAGAAGUUGCAAAUACAAGAAAGACCAAGUCAGACAAGAGCCAGAGAGGUGUUGACAGAUCUAGAAUCAAGAAGAAUUCUACAUGCACUAAACAGAGAUCACAAACCACUUUUUACAAUCAUCCCAGAUCUCCAAUUUGGUCCCAAAGCUCCGAAGUUAAAAUACUUUGUACCGCCUUUUUCACAUAAGAAAAAUAAAGAGGCUGCUUCAGAUGAUACAAGAACAGAAUCAGCUGAUGUACUACCAACUACUAGCUUAGAUGUAAGCCUUGUAUAG